AAAGUUUGACCUGAGCUGACUUUCCAUACCAGGUGGUGGCGGUAAUGAGCCAUUUCGCUGUUUGCCAAACCGCCAUUGUAAACAUCAACAAGAAGAACUAUGGCGACUUACAGACGGGUCGGGAGGUUGUUGGCUGUGUCGGCCAGACUCUCAUGGCCCCGUGUUGGCCAUGGAUGUCAGAGUGCUGGAUUACACUGGGCUUCACAUAAAACUGGAGUCACAAGGAGGCUGCCACAAACACCAUUUUCUGCUGUUCCUGCAAGAUCCAUGUUCAUUCAGACCCAAGACACACCCAAUCCAAACAGCCUAAAGUUCCUGCCUGGUCGAAUCGUUCUGGAAUCGGGGACAAUGGAUUUUGCUGCUCCUCGUGAUGCAUUCUGCUCACCCCUAGCCAGACAGCUAUUUAGAAUUGAUGGGGUCAAGAGUGUCUUCCUCGGACCUGACUUCAUAACUGUAACAAAGUCUGAUGCUAACACCGAGUGGAAAGUAAUCAAGCCUGACGUAUUUGCUGCCAUUAUGGACUUCUUCACUACUGGACUUCCUGUGGUCAACGAAGACAGCACUCCUAGUGCAGAUACUGCUCCAUCAGAUGAUGACGACGAAGUGAUUGCUAUGAUUAAAGAGCUGCUGGAAACUAGAAUCAGGCCAACAGUGCAGGAGGAUGGAGGAGAUGUUGUGUAUCGGGGCUUCGAAGAAGGUGUCGUCAAAGUGAAAUUGCAGGGCUCUUGCACCAGCUGUCCCAGCUCUAUCGUCACCUUGAAGAGUGGAAUCCAAAAUAUGUUGCAGUUCUAUGUGCCCGAGGUGGAAUCAGUGGAGCAGGUGAAGGAUGAGGAGGAGGAGGAAGUUGCUCGAGCUUGAAUCCAAUGGAAAUAUGACCCAAUACACAUUCCCCACUAAAUCCACCUCUUACUCUAUCACACACUCAGAUGAGCAUCUUAGAGACCUGUCUGCAAUAUAAUAGUGGGAGGACAGCUGCCCUGUUCAUCCUAACAAGUUCUAACUGAUAAAGGUUGUAGUGGCUUUUUUAAGUACACAGACAGAAUUUCAGAGCUGAGCACAAUAGUUCUGAUGAUGAUGAUGUUAACUAACUGCUUGAGCAAUAUUCAAAAGGAUAAUUCUUUUUUUUUUAGGUUGAUUUACUUUUUAUGAAUCAGUCAGACACAACAUACCCUCAUAGCUGUGCACUGUAUUAAACCUAUUUAUGUAAAUAAAGUUUAUUUAAGUACACUGUUGACUUCUGUGCCUCAAUUUCAAUCGCAAAUCAAUAUUGCUUUGUUGUUCCCCCUUGUGGUUAUAUUAUAGUGUGCCAAUAAUCAAUAAUUGUUCUUUU